GGGCGGAGCCAAGGUUGGCUCCAGCCGGGGAGGAGCCGGGAUGCCGCUCCCGCGGUGAUGCAGAGGGGAAUUUGCUGACAGUCCCUUGCCAGGUGGGGCUGGUUUCACCAGGCCCGCGAGGAGGACCGGCUGGCUGUCUCCUCCCAGAACCUUGGAGGAGCCAACUUCAUGGUCAGGAGCUGAGCAGGGACAAGGCUGGGCCACUCGGAAGCACCUGAGGACUGAUCAAGAGGAGGGAGGGCCGUGACCACCCAUCUGCCUGAGCCACACCUCACCUGCUGGUCCAGGGGCCCCGUAGCUGAGCCGAGACCCCAGGCCUGACUCGGCCCCGCCCUGGAGGACUGACUCAGGGAGCUCCCAGGAUGGCCGUCCCGCCGCGCAGCCUGAGCGUGAUGGAAGAGACUCGGAACAUGACAACGAACGAAUGCUUCCAAUCCCAGAACACCGUCCUGCAGGGGCAGCCCUUUGGGGGCAUCCCCACCGUGCUAUUCAUCAACAUCUUCUUGUGGGUGGUCAUCAUUUUGGUUUACUCCUUCCUCCGGAAAGCUGCGUGGGACUACGGGCGCCUGGCUCUGCUGAUACACAAUGACAGCUUGACCUCACUGAUCUAUGGGGAGCAGAGUGAGAAGACAUCUCCCUCGGAUAUUUCUCUGGAGAUGGAGCACAAGGACAAGGGCUUCUAUUCCUGGUUCUUCAACACAGUCACCAUGAAGAACGAGGAUCUGAUCAGCAAGUGUGGAGAUGAUGCCCGCAUCUACAUCAUGUUCCAGUAUCACCUCAUCAUCUUUGUGCUCAUCCUCUGCAUCCCCUCCUUGGGUAUCAUCUUGCCUGUCAACUACACCGGAACCGUUCUGGAUUGGAAUAGCCACUUUGGUCGGACCACCAUCGUCAAUGUCUCCAUAGAGAGUAAGGUCCUGUGGCUGCAUAGCUGCUUCUCCUUCCUCUACUUCCUCAUCAACCUCGUCUUUAUGGCUCAUCACUGUUUAGGGUUUGUGCCCAAGAAGAGCUACAAGGUCACAAGGACACUAAUGAUCACCUAUGUCCCCACGGACAUCCAAGACCCAGAAAUCAUCAUUAAGCAUUUUCAUGAGGCUUAUCCGGGGUGCGUGGUGACCAGAGUCCACUUCUGCUAUGACGUCAGGAUGCUGAUCGAGCUGGAUGAUCAGAGGCGCCACGCGAUGCGGGGCCGGCUCUACUACACUGCCAAGGCCAAGAAGAGCGGGAAGGUGAUGAUCAAGACCCACCCCUGCUCCCGCCUGUGCUUCUGCAAGUGCUGGACCUGCUUCAAGGAGGUAGAUGCAGAGCAAUAUUACAGUGAGCUGGAGGAGCAGCUGACUGACGAGUUCAACGCUGAGCUCAACCGCGUUCGGCUGAAGCGUCUGGACCUGAUCUUUGUCACCUUCCAGGACGCCAGGAUGACGAAGCACAUCCGGGAAGAUUAUAAAUACAUCCAGUGCGGCGUGCACCCCCAGCAGUCUUCCGUGAGCACCAUCGUCAAAUCCUACUGCUGGAGGGUCGCCCUGGCCCCACACCCUCAAGACAUCAUUUGGAAACACCUGUCUGUCCGCCGCUUCCAUUGGUGGGCCCGCUUUAUCGCAAUCAACACCUUCCUCUUCUUCUUCUUCUUCUUCCUCACCACGCCCGCCAUCAUCAUCAACACCAUCGACAUGUACAACGUCACCCGCCCCAUUGAGAAGCUGCAGAACCCAGUCAUAACCCAGUUCUUCCCCUCCCUGAUGCUGUGGGCAUUUACAGUGAUCAUGCCUCUGAUUGUCUACCUCUCCGCCUUCUUAGAGGCCCACUGGACCAGAUCAAGCCAGAAUCUGAUCAUCGUGAACAAGUGUUACAUCUUUCUGGUGUUCAUGGUGAUUAUUCUGCCCUCAAUGGGACUGACCAGUUUGGAUGUCUUUUUCCGGUGGCUCUUUGACAUCUACUACUUGGAGCAGGCGUCCAUCAGGUUUCAGUGCGUGUUCCUGCCGGACAACGGCGCCUUCUUCGUCAACUAUGUGAUCACGGCGGCUUUGCUGGGCACGGGCAUGGAGCUGUUGCGCCUGGGGUCCCUCUUCCUGUACAGCACCCGCCUCUUCUUCUCCAGGUCGGAGCCAGAGAGAGUCCACAUCAGAAAGAGCCAGGCCAUGGACUUCCAAUAUGGGCGUGAGUAUGCGUGGAUGAUGAAUGUCUUCAGCGUGGUGGUGGCAUACAGCAUCACCUGCCCUAUCAUCGUCCCUUUCGGGCUACUCUACCUGUGCAUGAAGCACAUCACGGACCGCUACAACAUGUACUACUCCUACGCGCCCACCAAGCUCAACGAGCAGAUCCACAUGGCCGCGGUCUACCAGGCCAUUUUCGCACCGCUCCUGGGUCUGUUCUGGAUGCUCUUCUUCUCCAUCCUGCGAUUAGGUACGCUCCACACCAUCACCUUCUUCUCCCUUUCCACGCUCAUCAUUUCCAUGGUCAUCGCCUUCGUUAGCACUCUUCUGGGGAAGCUCCAGGGGGUAUCUGACUAUGAGCCCGAGGAGGAGAUGGAGACGGUGUUUGACAUGGAGCCCAGCAGCACCUCCUCCACGCCCACCUCCCUUAUGUACGUGGCCACUGUGCUGCAGGAGCCGGAGAUGAACCUGUCCCCCGCCUCCUCCCCCGCUCGGCACACCUACGGCACCAUGAACAGACAGCCGGAGGAGGGAGAAGAGGAGAAUGGCGUGAGGGCCUUUGCACAGGAGCUGGGCUCCGCCCAGUUCCAGGAAGGGCUGGAACUGGACGGCCAGAGCCAGUACCACUGACCAGGACCCGAGGCCUCCACCUGGCGACUCCACGGGACCGGCGGCCAGGGGAGGGCCCAGCAGGGGGAGGCGGGAGGGCCAUCCGGACCUCCCCACGGCCUCCUGCAGACUUUGGGAAGGCCCCAACGGAGACAUCUGCGCCCGGCUGUUGGCCACACGGAGGCCCCGCCCUGCUGACCAGUUCGAGUGGGAGGUGCUGGGCAGCGCAGAGGGACCCGGGAUGGGAGAGUGCUCCUGAGGCUGCAGGCGGGCACCACAUCUCGGGAAAGGUAGCUGAAGCCCUGGGCACAGAGACUGCAGGCGGAGGGACCUUCGGGUCAGAGUGGAGAUGUGCGUAAAGGAGGGGGCGGAAAGACGCCCACUGAAGACUCUCCAGGGUCUCUGCCACCCUUUUACCAGCUGCCCUGCCAAGGAGCUUCCACGGCUCCCCCGACCCCGGCCCCCAGCCCGACUCUGAUCCCGCCCCUGUGGUCUGAGGAAGCACAGGUGUGUGUGCUGGGCCUGAUCAAGCACAUCCCCUGCGAAGGGAUCACCCGGAGCAAGGGGCAGCUGAGACCCUUCCUAGUCCUCUUGCCCCUCGGCGGACAUCCCCGGGAGCAGCAGGGUAGAGACCUUCUCCUUCCUAUUCUUGCGAGGGCAGCUGGGACAUGAUCCCUCGGGGCUCAUUAAACGGGACCUGUGUGCAUUUUGA